AUGGGAAUUAAUUUGCCUUCAAAAAUGUUCAGUGGCAAGCAAAUCUUGAAAAGGCAGCAAAAUCAAGAUCAUCAACAUGUACCUAAAGGUCACAUUGCAGUGUACGUCGGAGAGUACCAAAAGAAGAGAUUUGUAGUUCCGAUAUCAUACGUAAAUCACCCGUUGUUUAUAGAUUUGUUGAAUCGAGCUGAAGAAGAGUUCGGAUUCAAUCAUCCAAUGGGCGGCCUCACGAUUCCUUGUCAAGAACAUGUUUUCAUCGAUCUUACUUCUAGAUUGCAAGCUACUUGUUAA